AUGCCUCCAAGAAAAGACAUCUGCAGGAAUUUUCAACGUGGCAGUUGUCAAUAUGGUGAUCGCUGUAAAUUUCUACAUGUCACGCCACAACAAUCACAGCCCAGUCCCUUUGGAUUUGGCACGCAAACUGGCACUCAGUUUCAGCACACAAAUCCACAACAGCAGAAGCCCAAUCCUUUUGGUUUUGGAGUCCAGAAUAAUGCUCAGCUGAGAGAGGCGAAUGAUUUUGGAUCCAGACCAAAUCAAUUCAAGCCUUUUGAAAAUAAGUGGACUCGUUUCUCCCCUUCGAAUACAAAUAGUGCCUCUACUCCGCGGCAAUCCGACAGUCAGACUUCCGCACCUCACAAGUGCACAGAUCCCGAGUCUUGCAAACGUCAAAUGAUUGAAGAUUUUGAAAAUGAGAGGCCAGUGUGGAAGCUUACUUGUUAUGGUCACAACAAAAACGGUCCAUGUGACAUUGUUGGUGAUAUCAGCUACGAAGAAUUGCGUGCAUCGGCAUAUGAUGAAGCUAAGCGUGGGUUGAGCUUACAGUCCAUUAUCGAUAGAGAGAGGAGCCUAGUAAAUUCCAAGUUGGUUGAAUUUCAAAGCCUGGUACAGAAACCUUAUGCGGUUUCAUCAAAUGCCACAAUCGGCACUCAAAAUUCUUUUGCCAGUGUCAGCCCAAAUGCUCCAAUGAAAAUUCAGAGUGGUGGUCCUCCUCCAGUGUCAAGUUUUGGUCAAUUGGGAGCAUCAGUAAACACAUCUGGGAUGUUCGGUGCUGCACCAAGUUAUACCUUUGGGCAAUCCCAUCCUUUCCAGAGUAACAGUCAGGCAUCUAGCAUGUUUCAGAGAAAGGUUCUCACCAGUGGGGCUAAUUCUGCCUUGGAUGUGACUAAAAACAUCCAAUUGACAAACAACAUGCUCAGUGGGAACAGUAAAAUGGACAAUAGCAUUUGGAUGAAAGCGGAAUGGAAAGUUGGAGAGAUUCCAGAAGAAGCACCUCCAGAUAAUUUUAUCUACUAG